AUGGCUGCCCAAGGCGCUGCAACCGGAGGAACUGCGCACAGCGAUGCGGCCAGUCCUGCGAGUGAUCUCAGCACCGAUGCAUUUUGCGGAGGGAUCAAAGCUGAUCUCCUUGGCGCUCUGUCGGAGAUCCAGGCUUCUGGCUCCUUUGCGUCAUUCCGUCCACUGGUGAGACCGCCGGAUUGCGGCUUGAUUGUUGACGGCGUUGGGCCUGUGAGUAUAACCAAUGACCUGCACGAGUCUCAGGCCAAGCAGAUGAUCGCGAUGGCUGCACAGGCCCCCUAUGGAAAGGGCAGCGAGACAAUCGUGGAUACCACAGUCAGAAACACCUGGGAGUUGGAUCCCCAGCAAUUCAGGUUCUUGGAUAACAGGUGGCAUAAUUAUGUUCAGACAUUAUGCGCCCAAGCUGCUUUAGACUUGGGCAUCAACACGACCAUCAGAUGCGAGAUCUACAAGAUGCUCAUCUACGAACAGGGAGCAAUGUUCAAGCCGCACACAGACACCGAAAAGAUCCCCGGCAUGUUCGGAACGCUUGUCAUAAGCUUACCAUCCCCCCACACCGGCGGUGACGUGGUUGUGAAGCAUUGCGGCGAGAAAAAGGUGUUCAAGACAUCGCAAGCCGAGCAUUCAUUCAUCUGUUGGUAUUCUGAUGUCACGCACGAGGUUCUCCCCGUCACAUCGGGCUAUCGCUGGGUCCUCACCUACAACCUGGCCAUUGACACUUCCGUCGUGCCACCCUCAGCUGCGCUGCUACGGUCCAACAUCCAUUCGCUCCGCCACACCCUCCGAAGAUGGCUCCAGGACCAGUCUGCAUCCGAGGAACAUCAGGCUCUCUACCACGUUCUUGACCACGAGUACACUCAGGCAAAUAUCCGCCUCUCGAGUUUGAAGGCCCGCGAUCUGGCUCAAGUGCGGGCACUGCAGGAGGCAUCGAACAGUGUCCCCUUUGAAAUCUUCCUCGCGCUUCUAGAGAAGGAGGAGAGUGGUGGCGUUGAGCAAGACUAUUCCUAUGUCCGGGGUUACGGUCGUCGCCGCUACGGUGGCUACUACGAUGAUGACGAAUAUGAGGAAGACGAAGACGAGGGCUAUCAUCGUAUCACAGACGUCUAUGACCAAAGAUAUACCAUCAAGACCCUGGUUGAUUUUGAGGGCCGGGUGGUUACGGAGAACGUGCCAUUUGAGACGGAGGAUCUUCUCCAAGAGGACUGUUUCGACGACAUAGAAGGCGAGGAGGAGUACGAGGGUUUUAUGGGCAACUCGGCCGUCGUUAUUGUUCCUAAAGCUUCUGUCGUCAAUUUCUUGAAUUGUGAUCAACCUUCCCAGCUCACGCACGCCAAUGUCCAGUCCCUGAUUUCAUAUUGGGCGUACAGGAGCGAACACGCUGAAGCGCCCAAUAAUGAGAUUGCCACGGUAGAGAAGCUCUGUGAUAGGGCAUGGAGUCGUUACCUGGAUCCGGACAUGCGAACAUACAGCUUGCCCAUUCCGCCGUUCGAAGGAGAAACAAUGGCCAAUGUCCUGAAAGCCGCUCUGCAUCUUCAGCGGUAUGAUCUUUUUGAGCGAAACGCAUCACGCCAUAUAGGGCUGCUCCCAACUGCUUUCUAUACCUGGGCGGCAAAUUUUGUUUACGCACCCAACAGUGAUGACAAUCAUGUUGCUCAAAAUUUCGAGCUUCUGCAAAAAGGCCUAUCGACGUCGAUCCUCGGCUACGGAUCCUUGCCAACGCAGUCGUUGGCCGUGAACAAUUUCACUUCUGUGGCCCACUCUACAUUUCCCCCUGAAAGUCUCAGGUCCGUGGACGCUUGGGCUUGCCGGACAUUGAAAGCCUGUUUGGAAGAAAGGCUUCGUAAGCCAUUGGCCUCCAAGGAUGGAGAAGCCUUGUGCAGCAUCCUUCUCUAUUUCGAGGACCCCCUCGAGUUCUUCUCAACCUCUGUUGCACCGAUAAUAAAAGACAGGUCUGAUGUGCCAGCAUUCUAUCUGGCUUUUCUUCGCAGCCUAAAGAAGGAGAUAGCUUCUGAACCGAAGCUGUCUGAGAAGGGACCAUCAACGUAUAGAGAUGUGGCUAAACUAUUCCUCUCGUCAGUUGAGUUUCCGGCUCUCAAAGUGCAACCAAGGGAGCCGGACGACACCAGAAGGUUUCGACAGGCCCGUAACGGUGGAGCUGCCGAAUCUGAUGAGCAGACAAUUGUAAAUGGCGGUCAAAUACUCGCAUUCCUCGGCCAUAUUCUCAAAAUCGAUUCUAGCGGCGAUUUGAUGGAAUCUUUUGCGUCUAGGUUCGUUGAGCAAGCCUCGAAACUUCCAGCCACGUCGUUUAGUUUGUGGAUGCCCGUCCUUCACGGUCUCAUCAAAGUGCUCGUUAGACAUGAGAUACCUCUCGAUACCCCCAGAUACCAGCAGCUGUUCACAAAGUUCCAUCACGCGUUUCUAAACAACUUCGUGAAGCGCCAGCCCCCCAAGAACGUCUCUCUCUCUCGGCCCGGUGUACCAUGCACCUGCGCCGACUGCAACCAUCUGAACCACUUCCUCUCCAGCGCUACACAGCGAGUUGGCCGGUUUCCCGUUGCCAAGAAGCGGCGUCAACACUUGCACAACCAAAUCGAUCGUCAUCAUAUCGACUGCACUCAUGAGACGGAGCGUGUUGGCAGCCCCCAGACACUCAUCGUGACGAAGACGAACAAGCAGAAUGAACAGGCGCGACGUAAUUGGAAAGUUCGAUAUGAAUGGGCGCACAAGGUGCUGGGCGACCUUGAUCAGGGCCAGCUUCUUCAGCUCCUGGGAGAGGAGUACACUUCCAUCACGCAGAUGAGGCACCUCAUCGUCGACUGGGAGCCGGAGACCAGUGCACAGGCUUCUUCGACAUCGUUCGCAGGCACGAAGCGAAAGAUUCCCAUCAUAAUUGAUUGA